UGGCUAUGCACUCUAUUCUCGGGAAUAUACUUGCUCCCUACUCCAGUGCAUCUCUCUUACCAUAAAUUGAUUAGCGCGAAGACUCGACGCUCUCCGAAUUUUCUAUAUAAAUUUCUAUUACUGAAAGACGUGUUCGAUUUGAUAUACUAAACUAUUUGGUGAAAAAUCAUUUACACGUUACUGCUGAUUUUAUUUCAUUCUUCUAGAACAUUCGAACACGAUUUUGUCGAUCAUCAAUCUCAGGCUGGCUUCAGGCGAGGAAUUUCUGAAAUAUGUUACAUUAGCUGUAUGCAAAGAAGAACUUUUUUGCUAAUGGCUUCAAGAGCAAUAUUGAGAAGGAAGAGGAACCUCUUUGAUUCUACUGUGAGACCUCAUACUUUCAUUCGAGGUUUUUCGAGCUAUGAGAACUGCGGAUCAUCUAAGGCUUCUAAUUCUUGGGAUUGGUGCUCUACAGUAAUUCAUCAACCUCAAAAUACAGAUAACAAAAAGGAAAGAAAUUCAAAUCCACUAACCGAAAAUGAGUUACUAAAAGUAUGGGGAAAACGUGUCCUAUCCAAUUCAUCUGAAAUUCCAGCCUUGGGUCUGAGGAUAGGAAGAUAUGGGUCUCUUUCUCCUUUGGGGACCAGGUGGAUGACAGACCAUCGACGAUAUUCGACAGCUGCAGCAGGUCAACCUGAUUUCGGUAAAGGAAAUGAUAAGGAUGAAGAACCAACUGUUAGACAGAAGAAAGAAGCUUCACCAGAAGAAUGUGAUGAAGCAGUUGAAGAUUUAACCAUGGCCAAAGCCAAAGCAAAAGCAAAACAGCUGCAAGACUCACAGAAUGGUAUUCAACCUAUACUUAAGAAAAUUUGGGCUGUGCUAUUAGGGAUUGGUCCUGCUUUGAGAGCUGUUGCUUCAAUGAGCAGGGAAGAUUGGGCAAAAAAGAUGCGACAUUGGAAGGAUGAAUUUAAGUCAACAAUGCAACACUAUUGGUUGGGCACCAAACUGCUUUGGGCUGAUGUUAGGAUAUGUUCAAGGCUGUUGUUGAAGACGGCCAACGGGAAGAGUCUUUCCCGGAGGGAAAGGCAACAACUAACACGGACAACAGCUGAUAUUUUUAGGCUGGUUCCUGUUGCAGUGUUUAUUAUUGUUCCAUUUAUGGAGUUCUUGUUGCCGGUAUUCCUGGCAGUGUUUCCCAACAUGCUGCCAUCAACCUUCCAAGAUAAGAUGAAAGAAGAGGAGGCUCUGAAAAGGAAGCUGAAUGCUAGGAUUGAAUAUGCGAAGUUUCUACAAGAAACAGUCAAAGAGAUGGCAAAGGAAGUUAAAAACUCACGAAGCGGAGAACUAAAGAAUACAGCAGAGGAUCUGGAUGAAUUUAUGAAUAAGGUCAGAAGGGGUGCUAGUGUAUCGAAUGAAGAAAUUUUAGGAUUUGCCAAGCUGUUUAAUGAUGAGCUUACUUUGGAUAAUAUCAGCAGACCGAGGUUGGUGAAUAUGUGCAAAUAUAUGGGUAUCAACCCCUUUGGAACUGAUGCAUAUUUGCGAUUCAUGCUUCGGAAGAGGCUUCAAAAGAUCAAGAAUGAUGACAAGAUGAUUAAAGCAGAGGGCAUAGAGUCCCUUUCGGAGGAUGAGCUCCGUCAAGCCUGUCGAGAACGAGGCUUACUUGGAUUACUUUCAGUAGAAGAAAUGCGACAGCAGUUGCGAGAUUGGCUGGACUUAUCGCUCAACCAUUCAGUGCCAUCUUCUUUGUUAAUCCUUUCUAGAGCCUUCACAGUAUCAGGCAAAGUAAAACCAGAGGAAGCUGUUCAAGCUACACUUUCAUCACUGCCAGAUGAGGUGGUGGACACUGUUCAAGUUACAUCGAUGCCAUCUGAAGAUUCUCUUGCUGAAAGGAAGAGAAAGCUUGAGUUCUUAGAAAUGGAAGAAGAGCUCAUCAAGGAGGAGGAAGAGGAAGAAGAAGAAGAGCAGGCUAAGAUGAAAGAAAAGCAGAAGGAUGUAGCUUUGGAAGAGAUGACUCUUGCAACAGCUAAAGAAGUAGAAGAACUAAAGAAAACCAAAACUUUGGAUCAACAAGAGCAGCUUUGUGAGCUUAGUCGUGCAUUGGCUGUUUUAGCAUCAGCUUCGUCUGUAAGCCUGGAGCGUCAUGAGUUUUUGAGACUUGUCAAGAAAGAGAUAGAGUUGUACAAUAGCAUGGUGGAUAAAGGGGGCCCUGAAGGUGAAGAAGAAGCCCGAAAGGCAUAUAAAGCUGCUAGGGAGGAAGACACUGACCACAAUAAAGAACGGACUGUGGACGAUAAAGUUUCAUCAGCACUUAUUAACAGGGUUGAUGUAAUGCUCCAAAAACUUGAAAAGGAAAUUGAUGAUGUGGAUGCCAAGAUUGGUAAUCGUUGGCGGUUACUGGAUAGGGAUUAUGACGGGAAAGUCACUCCAGAGGAGGUGGCAUCUGCUGCUGCAUACCUCAAGGAUACAUUGGCUAAGGAGGGCAUUCAGGAGCUCAUAGCCAACCUUUCCAAGGACAGAGAAGGGAAAAUCCUCGUCCAAGAUCUGGUGAAGUUAGCCAGUGAAAUAGAAACAACAGAAGAGGAAACAACAGAAGAGGAAAAAGCUCAAAAGUAAGGCAGUACAGCAAUAAUUUUGAUCAAGUUAGUGCUAUUCAUUUAGUCUCCAACCUUUCACUUUAUACUAAUAUGCUCCUUAUGUGGGUGCUUGUAGUUGAAUUUGGGUGAUUGAUAAAACAGUUCAGAUCCAAUUCACAAAAAACUAAAAUGUGUAUGGAUAUGACUCUGUCAACACUUAAGUA